GAGAGAGAGAGAGGUGUGGUGAAACAGUAGAAAGAGGUAACAGGUGUGGAGGUAGAUAGAAACUUCACUCAAGUUCAUAAAACAAAGCGGUAAAAAGUGAGUAAACGUCAACGAUCGGAAAAGUAAAAAACCACUCCGUACUUAGCAAUCUCUGUCAUUAGUCAUUGUUAGCUCAAAUCAGGAAUACAGUGUGAGUAAAGUCAAAUUUUAUUCAUUUAUGGAAUAUUGAUUGUGACUAUUACCUCAAAGCUUUUUUUCCUACACUGUUUUUUCUUUUGCUCUCACGUACAUAACUUCUCCCUCUCUGUCUUUCUAAUUAAGACUCCUUUUUCAAAACGAAUCUUACCCUGCAUUGACAUGUACCAUCCUGUUUUUUUCACUUUUUUUUUAAGGUCUAUAAAUCUAUAGACUGUGUCUCAUUUCAUGCAUCAUGCAUUGGAAUACGUAAAAUAAUAUUUUAUUAAUUAAACGUUAUUUAUUGAGCUAGCUACUUAUUCUUAUCCAUGCAAUGCAAUGCAACAUUUUUCACCCGCACUUGUUUUCUCCCUUAUCUUCAUAUAGUGAAUAUAAUAAUUAAGUUUUGUUAGGAAAUAUGGAUAAUCGUUGUUCACAACGAGGUGGUGGUAGAGAGACGAGUCCAGACCGUGCGAAAAUAUGUAGGAUGAAGCAAAAGGUGAAGCCCAUUAGAAAAGUCCAAGUUGUUUACUAUCUAUCUCGUAAUGGCUUAUUGGAGCAUCCACAUUUCAUGGAAGUCACUCUUCUGCCUAAUCAACCUCUCCGUUUGAAAGAUGUAUUUGAUCGGCUGAUGGCGCUAAGAGGAAGUGGCAUGCCUUCUCAAUAUUCAUGGUCUACUAAAAGAAACUAUAAGAGCGGAUAUGUGUGGCAUGACUUGGCACUGAAGGAUAUAAUACAUCCAUCAGAAGAAGGAGCAGAGUAUGUACUUAAAGGAUCUGAACUAGUUGAAGGAUGUUCCGGAAGAUUUCAACAAGUAAACUUGGGCGAUAAACAGCCACAACAGGCAGAACAAAAUUUUAUUAGCACUUAUAAGAAUAAUUCAAAGAGCAAGGUGGCGGUAUUGAAUGGAUCAAGAUGCUCCCAACAGAAAGAGAGUGAAGAUCAAUAUGAAGAAUACUCUGAGGAAUUAUUAGAUGGAGAGAAAACAAGUUACACAAGCUCCACUACAACACCUCACUCUCGUUGCUCUAGAGGUGUAUCAACAGAAGAACUCGAUGAGGUUGUUCUUAUAACUAAUCCUCUUAAUUCCAAUACUACCCUCGCCGAUAAACUCAAACAAAGAGAGGAUAGAAGGGUCAAUUACCCGAAACGGUUAGUGGAAGGACCGGUUUCGCUUACGUCAGCAGCACCGAGUCGUUACUCGGUUUUGUUGCAACUGAUUGCGUGUGGAAGUUCGGGUUCGGAGUUCAAGGAGAAGCAGCAGGAAACGCGGUUGAGCAAUGUGGGGACCUCCAAGAGGAGGGAAAGCAACGUUCAUGAGGAUGAUAGUAUAUGCGUGUCGGAGAAUCCGAGGUUGUUAGGGAAUUUGCAAUCAGAGGAGAAGGAAUACUUUAGCGGGAGCAUUGUGGAAUCCAUGAAAGCGAACCGCCAGACCGACCCUGUGCUUAAGAAAUCUAAUUCCUAUAACGAAGAAAGGAGAAGUAGACUAGGGAUGGAAGAAGUGAGAUUAAAGGAUAGGGAGGAAGACAAGAGGGGAGGAGCAGUGAAAGAAAAAUGCAUCCCGCUUAGGAAAUCUUCCAAAGAGACUAGGAAAUAAUUGGGAUGUGUAUUCAUAGCUGGAAUUUGUAAUAAUUAAUCAAUACUAUUAUUAAUUUGUUUUUCACUUUCCACUCCCUAAUUCUAUCUUAUAUCAUUACCAAUCUGAUUUGAAAUGGUGCAUAUAGUGUCAUCACCAUAAAUUGGACCUUUUCACAUAAUCUUAUAUUUAUAUUGCGUAUGAAGAUUUAUGUAAUGUGUUACAAUUAGAAAAGUUCUAUAGCAGAAUCUGUUUUUCAA